AUGUCUGAAUUAUUCAAUGGAUACGAGAGAGAUUUUAAAAUUGAGUAUUCUGACGCACAAUCGAAAAUAGAACAGGUUUAUGGGCUGGACGAUGAGAGUCGCCGGGUUGAGUUGAUGAAGUCAAUUGAAUCUUCAAUCGAUGAUUGCUUGGACCUACUGGAUUCCAUGUCAUUAGAGGUACAGCAGAUUGCUACUCAUCAGCGUUCAAGCUAUAAUGCCAAGGUACGUACUUACCGUAAUGACAUUGAUAGAAUAAAGAAAGAUUUAAAGAAUCUAAUGGAUGACAAGGAUAGAAGGCAAUUGCUCGGUGGCUCACACAAUGGAGAUGUUGAUUCCAAUCAGAGACAAAAACUGUUGAAUACAAAUGCAACCAUUGAGCGAUCUUCCCAAAGACUAGAAGACGCAACCAGAACGGCAAGGGAAUCUGAGACAGUCGGUAGUUCGAUUUUAAACAACCUUAGAUCCCAGAGAGACCAGAUAUUGAAUGCCAGAGAUACAUUGAGUGAAGCAGAUACUUAUGUUGAUAGGUCUUUAAGAACUCUCAAGUCAAUGACCAGAAGAAUGGCGACAAAUAAGCUGAUUACAUAUGGUAUUAUUGUCAUUUUGGUACUUUUGAUUUUACUUGUUCUCUACAAUAAAAUUAGCUAA